AUGAAAUAUAGAUCAUUGAUAUCGAUAAAAAUAACCUUAACAACUAUGAUGGUAAUUCAGAUUGUAAAUUAAUUUACUAUUAUGAUUGUGUUAAGUAAUAAAUAUGUACAAUCUGUUAUUAUGGUAAAUGCCUAAAAUUUUAUAAUGAACUUACCUUUGACAAUUAUAGAAAUUUAUCAAUAUGUGGAGAUGGAUUAAUCAAAAAAUAAGAAGUAGAAUGCGAUAGUCUAAUAGAAUUUAAUUUUAAUAAUUGACAAAUUAACAAUAAAUUUUUUCUUAGUCAAAGUUAUUAUAUAUAUAAGACUUGUUGAUUAUAAUGAAAAGAUUGUAUUUGUAAAAAUAAAUUGGAUCUCAUAAGUUAUUAGAAUCAAUUCCUGA